GGUUUCGGUUUCGCAUCCGAUUCCGAUUGGGUUUAUCUUCUUUUCCCGGGAGACAGGAUACAUUUUCUAGUCAGCAAACCAUAAAGAAGGAAACCGUUAAUUCCAAGUGCGCAGAGAGAGAGAGAGAGAGAGAGAGAGAGAGAGAGAGAGAAGAUGUCUGUGUGGUUGAUGUUGAGGAGGAAGGGGGCGUCGGGGUUCUCAGCAGCUUCAACGGCUGAGGAGGUAACUGAAGGGAUCGACGGGGCUGGCCUCACAGCCGUUGUCACCGGGGCGUCGAGUGGUAUUGGCUACGAGACUGCUCGUGUUCUUGCACUUCGGAAUGUUCAUGUUGUUAUGGGGGUUCGGAACAUGGCAGCUGCUAAGGAGGUAAAGGAUGCAAUAACCAAGCAAAACCCUGCUGCAAGAAUCGAUGCCAUGGAGUUGGAUUUAAGUUCGAUUGCUUCAGUCAGGAGAUUCGCCUCGACAUUCAGUUCUUCGGGCCUUCCGCUGAAUAUUCUCAUCAACAAUGCUGGAAUCAUGAUGACUCCGUUCAUGCUCUCGAAAGACAGAAUAGAAUUGCAAUUUGCGACAAAUCACAUAGGUCAUUUUCUUUUAACCAAUCGUUUACUCGAAACUAUGAAAAACACAGCCGAGAGAAGUCAAAAGGAAGGCAGGAUUGUGAAUGUCUCAUCGCGCCGGCAUAAGUUGUCAUAUCGUGAGGGGAUUCGGUUUGAUAGGAUAAAUGAUCAAUCUGGCUACGACAGUCUAUCUUCAUAUGGCCAAUCUAAGCUUGCCAACAUUCUUCACGCCAGUGAACUUGCAAGGCGUCUGAAGGCCGAAGGGGCAGACGUGACUGCUAACUCAGUCCAUCCGGGACCAAUCGCCACAAAUCUUUUCCGCCACAGCAGCUUCCUCACCGGUAUUAUCAAUAUCUUUGGCAAGUAUUUCCUGAAAAAUGUUCAGCAGGGAGCAGCAACUACAUGCUAUGCGGCGUUGCAUCCGCAAGUUCGAGGACUUACUGGCAAGUAUUUCGCCGACUGUAACAUAGCUGAAGCGAGUGCUCAAGCAAACGACACAGAAAUGGCAAAGAAACUCUGGGAUCUGAGCUUGGACUUGAUAGAUAGAUAGAUAGAUAGAUGCCUUAUUCCCCGAGCUAAGCUUAUGUGUGUAUUCAAGGCCUAGCCUAUGAACUUACGAAAUUGAGCCUGAAAAUUGGGACUGGCCAGUAAAUUAUCUCCAACUUAAGACCUCAAGAACUACGAGAAAAUGGUACAUAUUCAACAUGAGUAAAAGUCAUUAAAAAAAAAAAAA